CAACUUAAUAAGAAUUCUCCUCGUAGUGGUACCCAAACCUAAACACACACACACGUAUUCACUCAUUCAAAAAGUGUCUCACUGUUCGAUAUUUCUCUCUCCGGUGGUCCUUCUCCUCGGCGGCGCCAGCCUGCUAUCUUUCUUUUUUCCUCCUUUCCCGUCCGUCUUCAUCUCUCUCCGGUCUCUAUCUUCCACGGCGGCCGCUGCAACCUAAACGGAACGAUUGCUAUUUUCACACUCACAAGGUGGGAAAACUGCGCCUUUUAGACGUAACACAAAAUCUAGAGCCAAGCUAAGCUGCUGAAGGACUUGCAUUCUAGCUAAGCUAAGUUUUUUUGGUAGUCAUAAAAUUUCGAAAAUGGGGUCCUCCAAUAUCAGAGACCUUUUGACUGCCUUUAGUCCUUCAAAGGAUUUGUUCGCCAUUAGUACAGGCGAUGGUCGAAUCAAGAUAUGGGACACAGUGAAGGGUCAGGUUCAGACUGAGUUUACGGAUAUGGUGGCUUCUGAAGAGAGUAGCUUGCUUGCAAAACCUGAAAGAGCAAAAGGGCAUCUUUCGGUUGAUUAUACAUGCAUGAAAUGGCUCUCAUUGGAAAGAAAGAAAAAAAGGAAGCUUGGAUGCUCUAUGUUGAUUCUAGGGACUGGUAGUGGUGAUGUUUUGGCACUUGAUGUGUCUGCUGGCCAGCUGAAAUGGAGAGUCAGUGACUGCCAUCCUGGGGGUGUUAGUGCAGUAUCAUUUUCUAGGAAUGGUUCAUGUGUCUACACAGCAGGUUCUGAUGGGAUGGUAUGCCAAGUUGAUUCUUUGACAGGAAAUCUACUGGAGAAGUUCAAAGCUUCCACUAAAGCAAUCUCAUCAAUGUCUGUUUCUCCAGAUGGGAACAUUAUAGCAACUGGAGCUGGGCAAUUGAAGAUUUUCAAUUCUUCUGAUCACAAAAAAAUGCAAAAGUUUUCUGGGCAUCCUGGAGCCAUUCGCUGUUUGAUUUUUUCUGAAGACGGGAAGUACAUCCUUUCAUCUGCUGUUGGUGAAAGAUAUGUUGCAGUUUGGAAUGUUGGUGGUGGAAAAAAGCAGUCAGCAAGCUGUGUUCUUGCUAUGGAGCACCCUGCUGUCUUCGUGGAUAAUAAGUGCGUCUAUAGUGGAGAAGUUGAUGAUGCCGGUCUAUAUGUAUUGGCCAUUUCGGAAGUUGGUGUUUGUUAUUUGUGGUUUGGACUUAAUAUUGAAGACUUACGAAAUGCCAAGCCUACAAAAAUAUCAAUAUCCACUGAGGACAUUACCAUCAAGAAUUACAAGGGUGCAGUUCCUACUAUUUUCGCUGCAAGACUGCAAAAUUCUACUAAACCUGCUUCCAGUCAGGUGUUUGCUGCUUAUGGUUUACUUAUAAAGCCAUCCUUCCAGAAAAUUUUGGUGCAUUAUGGCACAGACAUCAAGUUGAGUACUUCCCGUGAAGGGGUCCUUUUACCUAUGACUCAGUCAUAUGUGAAAUCUAAGCGAGUAGAUGCACAAAAUGGAGUUAUUGCUUUGGACCGUGCAAAUGCUGGUGAUGCUUUACUCUCUAUGCCGAAGGUGCUUGACUCUCAUGAUGAAAAGAACAAACCUAAAACUGGCCUUGAUGACAGAAUGAAUGAUUUGGUUGGCAGUGGGAUUCGAAAGGGAGAAGAUGAUGCUUUAGAGAUGGAAAUCGACUCAGUAGCAAAUUGCAUGGAGGAGCGUCUAAGAUCAUUAGGAUUGCUCAGUGAAGCUGAUGAUAUUACUUCAAAGUCAAGACAAAACUCUACGAUACUGGAAGGCAUUGAUCUCAAAGCUCAUGUACCACAGAAGAAGAUGAAGGCAAUAGUGCUAUCUAAAGCACCUGGUGAUGCAUGCAAGUUACUGGGAGUCUUGAUGGCUUUGUGGCAAUCAGGGUCAUGCAGUGGAAAAUAUGUUAUGCCAUGGAUUUACAGCAUAUUGGUUAAUCAUAGUCAUCAUCUUUCGUCUCAAGAACCAGUGACUCAGAUGCUUAAGUCCUUGUUCAAGGUUUCCAAAAGCAGAGGAUCAGCUAUCCAAUCUUUGUUACAAUUAUCUGGACGUUUGCAACUUAUUGUAGCACAGAUUAAUAAGGCAUCACAGCCCAAAACACCAUUACAGCAAGAACAUAACAUAGAUGAAAGUGAUGACGAUGACGAUGAUGUAGAUGAUGUUAUUUAUAAAGAUGAUGACGGUGAAUCCGAAAUAAGUAGUGAUGAAGACAGUUAAAGAAGUUGCAUUGCAUUCCAAUGUUUGCACCGCUCAUUCGAAUGGAUAGACUGGCCAGUCUGCUAUUUUAGCAGGGUGUCCCUUCAAAUGUAACCUACAAUUUUGUUCCCCUCAAAUUAGACUUUUGCUUGGUUAGAUCAAAUAUAUAUUCUUCUUAAUUAUUGCCUGUAAUUUAAGGCACAAAUAGGUCCUAUCGGUGUAUAUUACUUGUAGAAGAACAUGCCAUUUUGAAACAAAGUUGUGAUUGUUCAAAGACCAUCUCAUUAUGAAAAAGAAAGUGAGCAAAUGUUACAUUUAGCAUAAAUUUGCUGCUCUCAUGCAAAAUAAUAUUCAAAUUACAUUUUCAGAGGAAAGGUAGCUAUCA